CGGGAGGGGCGGCGGCGGCGGUGGCGGCGACGGCGGCGGCGGGGGAGGGGCACGGCGUCAGCGCGUCGCCGGCUGGGCCGCGCCGGUGGCCAGGAGGGAGAGACAAGGAGGAGGAGGAGGAGUUCUUGGGGCUGGAGAUCCAAGGUGAAGGUGUCAGCAGAUUUACUUUAUUCUGAGAUCUCCUUGGCUUGCAGAUGAUCACCUUUCUGCUGGUAUCCCUGCAUUAGCCUGAUUGGAUAUAUGUAAAGAGAAAAAUUAGUACCUCUGGAUCAUCAGGUUGUGCUUGAAGAAGACUAUAGGGAAGAAUCCAUUUUCUUCUUGCCACAAAAGUUGCAAUAGAAAAUCUGCGAAGGCUUGAAAGGGCCCAUGAGUCUUCUCAUCAUUGAGGCGUUCUAUGGAGGGUCCCAUAAACAGCUGGUGGAUCUGCUCCAAGAAGAGUUGGAAGACUGUGUCCUUUAUACCCUGCCUGCAAAGAAAUGGCAUUGGAGAGCACGGACGUCGGCUUUAUACUUCUCCCAGAACGUUCCCGUCAGUGAGCAGUACAGGAUCCUCUUUGCAAGCUCAGUGUUGAACCUGACUGAAUUGGUUGCCCUUCGGCCUGACCUUGGGAAAUUGAAAAAGAUUCUCUACUUCCAUGAGAACCAGUUGGUAUAUCCUGUUAAGAAAUAUCAGGAGAGGGAUUUCCAAUAUGGAUACAACCAAAUUCUCUCAUGCCUGGUGGCUGAUGUGGUGGUGUUCAACUCAGUUUUUAAUAUGGAGUCAUUUCUCACCUCUAUCGGAAAAUUUAUGAAAUUGAUCCCUGAUCACAGACCCAAGGAUCUGGAAAGCAUCAUCAGGCCCAAGUGCCAAGUUCUUUACUUUCCCAUCAGGUUUCCUGAUGUGAACAGAUUCAUGCCCAAGCACAAAACAGCCCAUUUACAGAAGAUCCUCAGCCUUAAAGGAAAUGGUGGCACUACUCCAUCUAUGGCCCUUCCUUUCCAACAGGAGCAGAAAAGUUCUGAGAUUUUAUUGAAGAAUUCUGACUCAGAGUUCAGACCUGGCAAUGUGGCGCCACAAGAAAACCUGGGUAGCUCAUUAACACAAGAGUCAGACUGGAGAAUGUGCAACCUGUCAGAUAAUUCAAGUUCUCACCGUCAGGAAAAUGCACAAAAUGUGACUUUUGAUCCCCGUGACAUUUUGGGAGGAACUGAUGAUCCACAAAGACCACUGCACAUUGUGUGGCCUCACAGGUGGGAACAUGAUAAAGAUCCAGAGAGUUUUUUUAAGGUACUGAUGCACCUUAAGGGUUUAGGACUCAAUUUCCACGUGUCUGUCCUUGGAGAAACCUUCACAGAUGUCCCAGAUGUAUUUUCAGAGUCCAGAAAGGCAUUGGGAUCGUCUGUCAUACACUGGGGCUACUUACCCAGCAAAGAUGACUAUUUCCAAGUACUGUGCAUGGCCGAUGUUGUCAUCUCAACAGCUAAGCAUGAGUUCUUUGGAGUGGCGAUGUUGGAAGCUGUGUAUUGUGGCUGUUACCCACUCUGUCCCAAAGAUUUGGUUUAUCCCGAAAUAUUUCCAGCUGAAUAUCUGUAUUCUACACCUGAACAGCUUUCAAAAAGGCUCCAGAAUUUCUGCAAGAGACCAGAUAUUGUAAGAAAACAUCUUUAUAAGGGUGAAAUGACUCCUUUUUCUUGGGCAGCCCUACAUGGUAAAUUCAGGUCUCUGCUUACAACAGAACCUAGGGAAGAUUUGUGACAGAUGGGGCUAAGUCACAAACUUGCAGCCUAAGGCAGAAUCUGUAGAACUUUCCAGAGUGUGCCCAUAUUUACCUGAUCAGAGAGAAAAGAAAAUCUGCAGAGGAAGCUGAGCCUGGCUGCUUGUCAUAGCUGACACAGAGCCAUCUGCCACAAACCUGUGGCGGCUUCAGAUCUCCCAUCCCUGCCACCACCCCAACUCAAAUUAAAUACAGAUUCCUAGAGACGUUAUGAUGGUUACACAUGUCCUCGGCAUCACAUGGAGGAGACUGUUCAAAAAAAAAUAUGUGGCCUGUUGUAUAACCGCACUCAUGUAUCCCAUAUGUGGUGCCACAUUGAAUUUCCGGUUGAAUCCGUUUUUAUCCUUUGUACUGGAUGACAUGGUGCCUGAAUUCUUUCUUUUUGCCGACACGAUGGCAGCCAAACUGCAGCUUCAAAAGCUCGCGCUUGGCUGUGUUUCUACCUAGGUUGCCAGGUUAUCAUCGGAGCCUUCUUGUGUCCUCAAAGGGCCACAGGGUCUGAACGGGGGAUCAGGAUGCUACCAGACUAAUUGGGCAGCCAUCUCAGAAUUGUCUGUGGGCAAAGGGCUGCUUUAGCACUUUUAUUUUAGCAAAUUAAUGACUCUCUGGCACAGGGGUUUUUAAGUGAAGGUAUUAAUAAGGGGUCUGGCAGGUAGUCCCAUGAUUCACAGAGUUACAUUUGCAUUUAAUUUAUUUUAAAGUUGCGAGAUAAACAGCUGUAAUUUAGACAAACAUGGGAAACGCACUAAGUGGGGCCAUCUUGCCCAUAAAAUGAACACUGAGAUACUUGUUUUAAUUUUUUUUUCCUGGGGUAAAAAAAGAGAAAUCAAAAUACUUCUACUAAAACAGUCAUUUUGGUAGAAAUAUUCCUCAAAAAUAUUUGCAUCCAGCUACAAAUAAAAUCUUUUCAAGAUAAAUCACUUAUGAUUCCAAUAGCCAAGCUGCUGUAUUUGUUGAUAUAAAGAUGUUUUGAACGGCUAGAUUGUAAAAUAAAUUUUUAAUAAAGUGCCUACUGCAAUUUUUAAUUAGCAUAUCUCAUUUAUGUGUAAAGAGUGUACAUCUAUCUGUAUGUUUCUCGCUGAACACUUUCCUUGUGUCAGAGACAACGAAUACAAUUGUUUCUUUUCCGGAUGUACAGGGAUCUGUUUUGCAAAUGUUUGUAAGAUAUUAUGACAUUUCCAAGAUUUUCUUUGCAUUCUGGAAAGCAGGAGGUAAACAUUUGUAGUCAUUAAGGUAAAGUCUGUUGAUAAACCAUCUUCUGUUUACUGACAGGUAAAUUGUAACUUUCCUAGCUUUAGAAAAGAGUAACUUUUAUACACUGCAGAGUGAGGAACAGCCAGGGAGCAGAGGGUAGACAAGCGCCACGUGUGGCCUUCUGGCUUCUAGAACGAUUGAGUGGUCUAGCAGGCAUCCGAGACAGAGCAGGCGAUGAUUCAGAAGUCUGGUAGGUCCCAUUUGACAGGUAGCAAAAUAGUCAGCAGGAAAGAGAUCAAGGUCCGGGAGCCAGAUAGAGCCCUCAGGAUAGCGUCAGUCUUACAGAUCAAAGAAGGCAGGAGGAAUUCAGAAUCCAUCAGGCCUGGGAACGGAAAAGCAGGAAGAGUGAGAAGCAGAAACAGCAAGCCCUGUCUUUGCAGAUAGUCCUCUCCCUGACCUGUGUGAGAUCUUUAACACAUGGUGGGACAUCACAGCACUGGCUUCAGGUCCUAUCCAUUGUGGGGAAGUCACUGAACAAAUUACCUCCUCACCCCAAAAAAUUAUUUUUUUGGGUUCUGGGAUUAUUUCAGUCUGAGACUGGGGAACUCAGAAUCUAUCAGGUGUGCUCCUUUUGAGUGUAAAAGUUAAGGUAUAAAUAUGCCUAAGAGGUUCUUAGACCCUUUGGGCAGGGUUUAUCAUCUAAUAAGAUGAACUAGACCAGUAAAUUUGCUUCAGUCAGAAGGAUGCCAUGUCACAGUGAUGUCUUAUCAAAAUAAUUAAGUAUAAUCUCACAGCCAAGAAACAAUGGUUUAGUUUACUGUGUUUUACUGUCAUGAAAAGAAUGGGUUCCCCUUUUAUAGUAGACAUAGUUGAAAGUUACCUGUGUCUGGAGGGUUUUUCUCCCCUGUACCCAUAAAUACAAAUCAGCUUUUGUCUUUAGCUGUAACCCAGGAUCCCUUCUAGAAUAAAAAUUUACAUUAAAGUUAUCAUUUCUUAAAACAAUGCUGUCAGACUUGGUAUUAGUGCAUAUAAACAAUAAAAAGUUUUGUAAACGUGUAAUUCUUAACAUUUGAAAA